CGGCUGCAUCCCGGACUCCAGCUUUCACAGGCCUGCUUGGGUGUGAGAUGUUCCUUCUCACCUGUCAUAUCGGGGACUGCAGGGGGCUAGGGGUUGGUCUAAAGACCUAGGACUCUGGAUCAGUCUGAUCCUCUGUGAUGGGCAGGUGUUAGGGAAGCUGCAGGAGAAGUUAGCAGGCUAGGGCUGGUCUCCUGAUUCAUUAUCCUGUUUCGCUGAUGGGCUGCAACUCAAGGCAACUUAUUCUGGGCUAUCUAGUUUGAGGUGAAGAUGACGAGUGAGGCUGGCCGUGUGCGGCAUGGUUGUCCCUCACUGUAGUGCUGCUGAGAUCGUCUAGGGGGCUGCCAGGGGCUUCUGCCAUGAUUCUAAGUAAGUGGAACUGGUUUGGCAUAUGCCCCAUCUCUCGGGUCUCUGGAAUGGGAGCCAGGUCUGGAAUCCACCCCAUGGAAGGGGCGGUUCCCGUUGUAGUCCAGCCCCUUCCUGGUCUAGGGCUUCAAAUACCUGUGGGUGCUUUGGAACCAGAGCUACUGUAUCCAAGACUGCAGUUCAUCUUGGGCCACAUGAAGCCCUUAAUCUGGAUUGAAUCUCUCUGACUGACUCAGGACAUUGGGUUUUUGAUACCACCUUAUUCACAACCCAGGUAAGUCUAGGGGCUGGGCUGGAGGCUGGGUGGGAACAGAGGCCUCCCAUCCUUGGAAUGAGAGGUCAUCAUGUGCCCCCCUUCCCAGCCCACACACGUACACACUGAAGAAACAUGGAGAAUGCAGGGAUGCAGAGCAAUGUGGGCGCCAGACCUAGUUGGCCUGGUAUGGGUUGGUGUUACUCUGGGACAUUCCUGUCUCCAGGCUUCCUGCUUUGCCAUGGGUUGGCCCUGGGCCUUGCUGACAGCUCUUUGGGCACUGGGGGCCAUGGGGGCUACAGCGCUGCGUAUUGGAGCCUUCAACAUUCAGAGCUUUGGUGACAGCAAAGUGUCAGAUCCAGACUGCGGCAGUGUCAUAGCACAGAUCCUGGCUGGCUAUGACAUCGCCCUGGUGCAGGAGGUACGAGACCCAGACCUGAGUGCAGUGUCCUUGCUCAUGGAGCAAAUUAACAGAGUGUCCAAGCACAAGUACGGUUUUGUGAGCAGCAAGCCACUUGGACGUGACCAAUACAAGGAGAUGUAUCUGUUUGUUUACAGGAAAGAUGCGGUGUCGGUUGUGAGCACAUACCAGUAUCCAGACCCAGAGGAUGCCUUCAGCCGGGAACCUUUUGUGGUCAAAUUCUCAGCUCCUAGCUCUGCCGCCAAGGAGCUUGUGCUGAUCCCCCUGCAUGCAGCACCGCACCAGGCAGUGGCAGAGAUCGAUGCCCUCUACGAUGUGUACCUUGAUGUCAUUGACAAGUGGAACACCGAUGACAUGCUGUUUCUGGGCGACUUUAAUGCCGACUGCAAGUACGUCAAGGCCCACGACUGGGUAUCGAUCCGCCUGCGCAGCAGUGAGGUGUUUAAGUGGCUCAUCCCGGACAGUGCAGACACCACAGUGGGCAACUCCGACUGUGCCUACGACCGGAUCGUAGUGAGUGGUGCCCACCUGCGCAGGAGCCUGAAGCCCCAGUCAGCUGCUGUUCACAACUUUCAGGAGGAACUGGGCCUAGAUCAGACGCAGGCUCUUGCCAUCAGUGACCAUUUUCCUGUGGAAGUGACCUUCAAGUCUCACUGACAGCUGAGGCCCGGCCAGGAUACGCCACCUGCAGACUCUGUCCCUAAGGAAUGGCAUCAUAAGGAAUCACUGGGUGGCGGGCCACCCACCCACUGAGAAUACAGGGCAGGGCCAGCUGGUGUGGACAGUGGCCAUGGGCACAUUACAGGAUUACUGGGAGCCUGUUUCCUUUCUGUAAGGAGUGCUGAUAUCACGUGAUCUACCUCAUAGGGCUGCUGUGGAGAACCUGUGGAAAGCACCGGAGCAGCAUGUACUAACUGCAUGCUUAGUGAACAAGCUGCUCUUGGCCAGCAUUACCCACACGUUGGAUGAGGCUUCUGUGCCUUCUGAGACCUCGGUUCCUAGGCUGUAAAACUUGGUCUUAAUGCCCAGUAGAUCUCUUUCCAUUGCUCUCAAGGAAAUGGAUGGCUUAGCUUGUCCACUUCCCAGCCUGGUGGAAACCGGUCACUUCUAGACCAUGCCAGUUCCCUGUUCUUAUUUCCUUUGUACAAACUUCAAACGCUUCCCAUGCUCAUUCUGCCCUUCAGGGAUCUUGACACACUCAUCUGAAGCAGAGCUGGGUUCUUAUCUUGCUCUGCAGGAGCAAGGGAAGCUGCACCCACCCAGUGUGUGAGCUGUUCUGGAACUUUCUGGGGAGGAACCCCACACAGCAAAACAAAGGCACCUGCUUGGCACUCAAGUCCUGCCCAGAGCCCAUGCCCGUGCUUGGGUUGAGCCCUUCAAAGGAGUCUUAUGGUCUUAUGUAGCUUCUUCCCUGGAGUCCUGGGCAAGGCCCUGAGGAUGGAGGUUUAUGCUCGGGUGGGCCAUCACUUUAGGAGCAGGAAAUUGUUCCAUGGACACAAGGCUCUCGCGAGGUUUCUGGUUGUUAAAACUUCCCAUCUUUGUGUGUAUGUAUUUAUUUUUGUGUGUGUCUGGAGGUCAAUAAAAUAUCUUUAGUGGCAUUAGAGAAAUCGGUCUGAGUCACAUAGAAACAACCCUUGUGAUGACUUAGAAAAGUUUGUU